AAAAAAAAAAAAAUUACAGUACGGGCUCUUAUAUGUGAAGAUCUCCAUAAUAUACCACAGUAGAGAUAGACUAGGAUAAAGUAGUUAUUGCCCUUUAGCUCCACUUAAUUUCUCUAGGUCUUCCCUCUUGGCAACACAGAAAUGUACACCACUAAUAGGAAAACUCCUCUGGUGCGAUUUCAAUUGUCAACCAAAGGAGCGGCCACUAAAUUCUCAAUCCUAUCGGUGGUGCUAGUCGUGAUAAUAAUAUUGACAUUUUCAAUCGGGAAACUUGGUGGUGCCAUAGAUUUGAUACGACAGUCUACCGAGUCAUCUUCUUAUCAGGUGCUAGAUCUUGAUCAACCAGUUGCUGCACUUUCACAUAACAACCCAUACUCGUGUGACAUUUUACACUUGAAAAAAAAUGCAAAUAGUGCUGAAUAUUGCAAAUAUAUCCUGAAACAUUGCGGGGUAGAUUACUUUGCCAUUUCCAAAUGGUACUAUUGCAAUGGACCGUCUUAUCUGCUGCUAGCCUUGGUGCUUACCAGCGUGGUGUCGAUCUUACUACUUCUUUUCCUUUCGCUUAGCAUUCUAGUUGCAAACUAUUUAUACCCCAUUCUUGUUGCUGUUUGCCGCUUGCUUCAUGUGAAUGAUGAGUUUCUCAGCUCAGUACUCGUGCCAUUUGUGAACUGUUUCCCCGAUUUGGUCAAUUACUACAUCACUCUCAAGUCGGAUUCAGUGGACCUCACCUUGGCACAAGCCAUGGGCUCUAUUCUAAUAAUGUUCACACUUAUCUUGGGGACCAUAUGUUGUAUGUGUCCAUUUGAUAUUUUGGAUAAUCGGAAAAUAUUAUCAAACGAUUUCGUGUGGGUGUUUUUGGUCGUCUUGGUGUUUCUGUACAUUCUUUCCGAUGGAGUCAUCACUAUUUACGAAUGUACUGUGAUGGUGGGUAUGUAUGGUGCUUAUGUGACGUAUUUAUUUUGGACCGAUAAAUCUAUAGAGGAGGUGCAACCAACGGAUUUAGAAAAUCAAGAAGAACGAGAACACUUGUUGAGCCCAGCUCUCAUUCCUAUUAGUAGGAACAACUCAAAUUUAUCAAUUAGAGUUCCGUUUGGUAUAGAGGAUGCCUUGAGUGUCUUAUCGGAUGGGUUUGAAGAGGAAGAUGAAGAAGAGAUUCGAGUACAUGAUGAUCUUGACAAUGACGAAAUUGUCAUUACAAGCAAUCCUAAUGGAUCUAAUUAUGACCUGAUGGCAGAUUUGAUAUCGUUCCAAGCAAACAAAAUGGCUGCGGCUCAUUCUACAUCAGAGUUAUCACUUCCAUCUAGCAUAUGGGUGCAAACCUCAACCCAUAAGUCGAUUGCAAGGUCAAUAUUUCGAAAUGUUACAAAGAUGUUUCAAGUUAUAUUUAAUGCGAUUGACUUAUUUCUUUACACAUGCAUCCCAUUUAUGGUACAGGAAGACGAAGAGGAUUUAGCAAAUGCACACGAAAGAGGAGAAAUAGUGGAACUGAGGCAAGUUUCCAAUCAACAUCUUCUGCAUCAUCAUCGCUCUGUGUACAUCAAUUGGAGACCAUACCAUGAAUCGGUAGACCGUUACAUCUCCUAUGUACGAUGCAUAGUCAUCCCCACCAUUCUAAUUCACGAAUUCUUUCCCGAUCACACUGUGUCACUUUUCGCUAUUUUUCCCUUGCUGAUGAUAAUCGUCCAUUGGGGCCAUUGCCAAGCCCCAAUAUUAAUUUACACUUUGGCAAUAUUAAUGACACUUUUGAUAACUUCAAUGUCAGGCACAUUGAUUCUACAGCUCCUCAAGAACCUUGGGUUAAUGUUACGAAUAUCCGAAUCCUUAUUGGGACUCACAAUAUUUUCUGUGAGCAAUAGCAUCAAUGAUAUCAUCACAGAUGUAACACUUGCAAAUAUCGGGCGACCCAUUCUCGGAGUUAAUGCAUGUUUGGGUACUCCUCUUUUGUCAAUUCUCUUGGGUGUGGGACUUAAUGGGUUGAUGUUGAUUAUAUCCAAAAGUGCAAAUGGAAAGCAGAGACUUUUCGAAAUCCCGCUAGAUUUCAACCCACAUUUGAAAGUAACACUUUGCGGACUUAUUUGUAUAUUGACUUUCUAUUUGAUAUAUGUACCGCUCAAUGGGUGGAAGUUCGACCGACGGUUAGGCAUCUUGGCCAUCGCUUCUUGGUUUGUUAUUACCACAUAUAACUGCACGAUAGUAAACUGGUAAUUAAACCGAUACUUUCUACACUCACACACAAACACACUUUUUCAA